AUGGCAUACAAUAUUUCUUUUUCUGACAGCAGCUAUAUAAAAAGCAGUCUCAUUCCCAAUGCUCUUACCCUAUAUACGGGACAGGGCACUCCUAUUUUGAGAGAAGAUGCUAGAAACCCUGCAGCUGCCUUAGGCCUUGACUCCCUUGUAUUGGCCCAGAUUGAAAGCCCAAUUUAUGGCAGUGGAUCUCAAAGCCCAUCUGACGUUCUCUCUAUUUCAUUUGGAUCAAACAACGAUUUAGCCCUUCAAUCAACAUAUAAUCCUCAAGCUGUAGUAAUUCUGGAACCGCAACAUAUGAAUCACCCAGUUAUUUUACACUCUGAUGCAAACACAAAAGAGAGUGCAGCUGCCUUGGGCCUUGACUCCCUUGUAUUGGCCCAGAUUGAAAGCCCAAUUUAUGGCAGUGGAUCUCAAAGCCCAUCUGACGUUCUCUCUAUUUCAUUUGGAUCAAACAACGAUUUAGCCCUUCAAUCAACAUAUAAUCCUCAAGCCGUAGUAAUUCUGGAACCGCAACAUAUGAAUCACCCAGUUAUUUUACACUCUGAUGCAAACACAAAAGAGAGUGCAACUGCUUUAUGUGCAAAAACAAGAAGGAAGCUGCGACGUACAAAGAUGAUUACAGCUGAUGGAAGUUUGAAUGAAACAGUUAAUAAGAAUUCUUUCAUGGAAUUCUUGUGGUUUGGGUUAGCUAGAAAGAAGAGGACAAUUUCAAAGUUAAUCAGGGAAUUUGAUAUAGAGGCUGAAGGUACUAAAGGGGGCAUUCUGGCUAUGUGGGAUAACUCUAAGUUUGCGGUAUCUUCAGUGGAGUAUGGUCAUGGUUGGAUCGGGUUAUUUGGGCAGAAUGUCUUGACUGGCUUCUCAGGGGCGGUGGUAGGUGAAUUUAAUGAAAUUAUGUUGCGAAGUGACAGAAGCAGCGGUUUCAUUAACAAGGUGGGUUCAACGGCUUUUAGACUUUUUAUUGAUGAUUGUAACUUAAUCGAGUAUAACAUGUCAGAGGGUCAGUUCAAGCUCAUUAAGAAGCUCAGCUUUAUGGUAACUCGGCUCAGACAGUGGAAUAGGGUUGGUUUUGGGCAUCAGGAGACUACUUUGGCAUUGAUCCAAACCAAUAUUUCAGCUAUAGAAAAGAAAUCAGAGUAUGGGCAAUUAUCUACUGCAGAGCAGAACUCGCUUGAUUCAUUGAUCAAGAAGCAGUGGCAAUGUAAUUUGCAUAUAGAAAGCAUGUGGCGUCAAAAGUCUCACCAAAUUUGGUGUCGCCUGGGCGAUCGCAACAUGCGUUUCUUCCAUCUAGUUGCUAACUUCAGGAGGGCUAAAAACCAUCUCCUGAAAGUGGUUCAUAAUGGUUCUGUUGUUGAAGGUUUAUCGGUCAUAAAAGAUGCGGCAGUUAGCUUCUUCUCCAACUUAUUCAGAAGUCCUGAUAGAUUCCGAAUUGGUUCAGGGCCUGAGUCCGGGUCCAGGCUUGCUUGGAAUUUCAUUGCAGAUGAUCUAUUAAACCUGGCCAAGAAUUUCUUCAAAACAGGUAGGCUUCCAAAAGGAGUCAAUCAUGCUUAUGUUCAUCUAAUUCCGAAGAUAGCUUCCCCGGUUGGCUUCAAAGAUUUCAGGCCUAUUAGUUUGAUUCAUGGCAUUUACAAGAUAAUGGCUAAGGUUCUUUCUAGUCGUCUGAAAGCGGUUAUGCAUGACCUUAUCAGUGAGAAUCAAACAGCUUUCUUGGCAGGGAGGCAAAUAAUUGAUGGGUUUUUGGUUGCCAAUAAAGCAGUUCAUUCCUUGAAAAGAUACAGAGUGUCGAGCCUUAUCUUUAAGGUGGAUUUUCACAAAGCUUUCGAUAGUGUGUAG